CGAGGAUUCCCUUGGUGCUUUCAGAGCAGAGCGAGCCAUGUCGACCCAUGCAAGCUUUGAGAGGCACAAGAAGGAAGCGAGCAAGCAUGAAAGCAAUGUUUUUUAUCUUCUGAACAAGGAGGAUCAGCAAAGAACAGCAACGCUGCAGAGCCUGCAAGGAGACGAGAAACUUCGAUGCACUUCGGCGAGCAAGAUCCGUAGUGCAGUGGCACAGCAGCGCCUGGCCUUGCGGGAGUACAAGGAGGCGGCGCGCCUCCGGCCUAGAGAUGUGGAAACGAAGGAGCAGUUGCAGUCCGCCCGCCUGGUCCUGCGAAAGUUGCAGGCCCUGGUGGAUGGGCCCAAGCAGAUUCCGAUGAGAAGGUUUCUGGCACACUACAACCUGAGUAUCAGAUACUGGGACAAGGGUGAGGCUCGGCAAGCUAUCGAUGAGGCCAGAGAGUCCUGCAAGGAACUGGCGAAGCAUGGUCUCCCCAGAGGUUGUGCUGAACACAACUUGCUGCUGAUGAUGCAGGUCUUCUCCGAGUUCAAGGGCGAGCAGAAGAAAUUGGAAGAUGCCGUGCAACGAUCUCCCGAGGCGAUUGGAAGCAACUAUGAUUUGGGAAUCCACUUCUUCGACAAGAGGAUGAUGCACAAAGCCGAGGCCCAGUUGCGCUUGACACGCGACCGUGCCAAGGCUUCCACUGCACUGCAGCUGGUAGAGCAGGAUAUGUUGAGCCUACAGGGUGAAGAUGCUCCAACUCUCGACGGGAAAAAGGCGGUGCGGAUGGCGCGAGUUCUCGAGGACAUCGAGGAUGAUCUCAGAUUCAUCGCACGCCUCAAAGAACUUUGGUGCGUCGAGGAGGAGUCCGGGAAGACGGGUGAACUCCAGGCGACGGGCGUUCGAGACGGAUCCCUUCCACAGCUGCUUCCCUGUCUGCAUUGCCGCUACUCUCAGGACCGUGCCGGCUGCGAUGCCUGGCUACGGGACUUGAGCGUCCGGACUGACAUCAACCUCAAGGCCUCGCGUGCGUGCCAGAAGCUGGCACCAAAGAGCCAGAAGCAAGGUGUCCGUGGUUAGGAAGUUCCUGGGGAUUUCCAAUUUAAAUGGCAUAUUUGAAU